CGUCUAGCCUAAGUCUUGGUCUUUCCAAUACUCCUCAAAAUGGAAAAGACCUUCAUUGUUCCAUGCCCACCUUUUGACGUGAAGUUGUCACAUUGGGACCGACACUUCCCUCCUACCCAUUCAAAGAGAAUUUUAUGCUUCUCACUCCCACCUGAUGCGGAUAAGCAAAGCCUCGUAGGCUACCUCAAGACUGCAUUUCAUAAUACCAUUCAACGAAUUCCAUUCCUCGCAGGCUCCGUCGUCCCUUUCUCCGAAGAUGAAGGCAAUCGCCCAUGGCUCAGGAACAUUAUUCCGGAGGGAGCAGCCCGGCUAGUGUUCAAAGAUCUCUCUGACAGUCUCAACUUUGACGAACUCUCUCGAUCAAACUUCUCCCAGCAUCUCCUCAAUACCGAACAGCUAUGCCCGCUUCCGGGAAUUUCUUACGUUCAGGAUGACCCAGUCGACGUGUGUCGCUUUCAAGCCAAUUUUAUCACCGGAGGUCUUCUGCUUACCGUAUCAAUCAUCCAUAUUGCCGCCGAUGGUCGGGGAGUUACCGAGGUCACUAAGAUCUUUGCGGAAGAGCUCCGUAAAGCGCAAGUAGUUGAGCCUCUUUUCAAUUUCAAAACCAGAGAGACCACAUACCAGUCCGAUAGAACCGCACUUGUAACUGGAAACGGUGUGCGUGGGGAUAUUGAAAAACACGCUGCUUGGACUUCCUCCACGGCUAACGCACACUCCCAACUAGUUGAUGUGGACGACUCUUGCAGAACGUUCCGUAUCAGCGCCAAAUCCCUUCUGCGUCUCAAAAAGGCUGCCUCUGAACCCUCGUCGGGUCCUGGUGAUUGGAUUUCGACCAAUGACGCCAUUACCGCCCUGAUUUGGCGCAGCAUCAUGGCUGCGCGACUACGUGCCGGAAUUCUUACCACUGACUCAAAGACUUCUAUUACGCAACCUGUUGAUUGCCGCUCGCAUUUGCACCUACCAGAACCUUAUUUUGGCAACGUUCUUUAUUUCACAAAGACUUCAAUUCCAUUUUCUAUACUUACGAACCCAAAGAAUGGUCUCGGUUCUGCAGCUCGACUGAUACGCGCUGAGCUCAAAAAUGUUACCGCUGAGACAUUCAGAGAUCUGGUAGGCUAUUCUGAGAGAACCUCUCAGGAGGCCCAUACCCGCCUGAAUAUUAUUGAGGAUGUAUUGACGGAGGGCCUGAUUUUGACAAGCCAUUUCAAAUUUGCGUUGCACGAACUCAACUUUGGUCCUGCCUUUGGCGAUGGUUAUAUGAAGGCUCUGCGUCUGCCAGCAAAGGGCACAAUGGCUGGUUCAGUUAUUGUGAUGCCAAAACUACCAGACGGUAGUUGCGAGUUCAUGGUCAGUGAGCGAGAGAGUGUAAUCAACUUCCUCGCAGAAGACGAAUUUUUCAGUCAAUUCAUCAAAGAAGAAGACGAUACUUCAAGUAUCCACUCUGAACGAACCCUCGCUUCCUCUCCACAACCCAUUGUCCCACCGAAGAGCGAGAAACUGGCCUCUUUCGUCUCGCACGCUUCACAGACAGCCUUGUCAACACCUAAAGGGCGAGAAGACGUUAAGGUACCAACAUUGGUUGUGAGUAACAUUAAGGCAUCCCAAGUUGGUACGAUCAGAGUCAUCCAGUUACAGCGUCCCAAGGCCAAGAAUGCGCUUUCAAAACAAAUGGUACAAGAGUUGAGCCAAGAAAUUGAAGCAAUUCACCAUGAAAGAGGUUCAGGUGGCACGAGAGUCUUGGUCAUUUCUAGUGCCGUUGAAGGUGUAUUCUGCUCAGGAGCAGACCUAAAAGAACGAAAGAACAUGAAUCCAAUUGAGACCAGAGACUUCUUAACUAGCCUAAGGACUCUAUUCACUAGAUUGGAGUCUCUCCCGAUCCCUACUAUCGCCUGUGUCUCUGGUGUAGCACUUGGUGGUGGACUCGAGCUUGCACUUUGUUGCCAUCUACGUGUUUUUUCUUCCGACGCCGUGGUUGGUCUACCAGAAACGCGAUUAGGUAUCAUACCUGGCGCAGGUGGAACAUAUCGACUACCUAAAGUUGUUGGUCGAUCGCAUGCUCUGGACAUGAUCUUGACAGGACGUCGAGUUCAAGCAUAUGAGGCAGCCUCUAUGGGACUUUGCGACCGUCUAGUCGCCGCAGAUGGACUCGGCAACUCUAUUAGUCGUGAAAUGAAGCAAGGACUUGCCCUAGCGACCGGUAUCUCUUUGGCUCAGGAGAUAUCUAGCGGCGGACCCAUUGCUAUACGAGCUGCUAUCAGCGCACUUGCAUAUGGUUGCGAGACUAUGGAAAAUUCUACCUAUGAACUGACUCUCAAUACCAAGGACCGCCUUGAGGCUCUACAGGCGUUUGGAGAAAAACGUCAUCCUAUCUUCGUUGGAGAAUGAGGUGGUUGUUAGGCCGCUUGUCUCCUUAGUUGGAUGCAAUGUGCAUCACCUCUUUACGAUUACUUGGCCGUCGAACCACAAAACAACUAGAUUUCAUCUGUAUUGGGUAAAUUGUAUUUUGAUACAUCUAACGACUACUGUUUUCUUUGUAUCAUUCAAAUUGUCUUACUAUUCGGAUACGGAUUUGUUAUGUGGUGGUAUACGUCCGAGGGACAAGCAAGGAACACCUCCCGGAUGGACUUGGACCUUUCUUCGCU